CCUGCUGGGUUUGAUAUGAAGAUACUAGGUUAUGUAAUAUUCCUGGUUAUGCUGGGGGGCAUUUCAUGCCAAAACAAUCGAAAUGCCAAGCCAAGUGGCAGACCAGCAAAGAAAGCUGGCAGCGCAGUUGUUGAGAUUGCUCCAGAUGACGACUCACAACAUGGACCAGGAUCUAGCAAAGAUACACGUGGUGGGAACCAGCAGGGAGCAUCCGCCAGCAAGUCAGCCGAGGAAAUGAAGCUACACCUGCUCAAGAGCACACUGGCUACAUGCAACGAUGGCACUGCAGCUGGGUUUUACCUAAAGGAGUUCAAAGGAAGCAAGAGGUGGCUGAUAUUUUUGGAGGGUGGUUGGUGCUGUUACAACAAGGAGACCUGUGAUUCCAGGUAUAAAAAUAUCCCCCGUUUGAUGAGCUCAUCUGCUUGGCCACAGACCCGAAAAGGAACAGGAAUUCUCUCUUCACAAGCUGAUGAAAAUCCACAGUGGUAUAAUGCCAACAUUGUGUUUGUCCCCUACUGCUCCAGUGAUGUGUGGAGUGGUAACAAGCCAGCAGCGAAGGCCAGACAAGGAAAAGAAAUAGAGUACUCCUUCAUGGGAUCUGUGAUCAUUAGGGAGCUGAUCAAAGACCUUGCGUCAAAAGGACUCAAACAGGCCAGGGUUGUGAUGCUGGCAGGAACAAGUGCUGGUGGAAUAGGUGUGCUGCUUAACAUCAAUAAGGUUGCCAGUCAGCUAGAGCAGCUGAGUGCAGAUGUACAGGUUCGAGGCCUAGUUGACUCUGGUUGGUUCCUGGAGAGCAAGCUGCAAAAAUCCCCAGACUGCCCGGACUCAGUGUCUUGCACUCCUGUAGAUGCUAUUAAAAAAGGAAUAAGAUUGUGGAAUGGAGUUAUUCCUGAGAAGUGUAAGCAACACUACAAGAGAGGAGAAGAAUGGCAAUGCUUUUUUGGACACAAGCUGUACUCAUUUUUAAACUCUCCUCUGUUUGUGGUGCAAUGGCUCUUUGAUGAGGAACAGUUACGUGUGGAGAACAUUUACAUGGGUGGCCAGUCACUUUCUGAGCAGCAGUGGACCUACAUGCAGAACCUGGGAAAAGAGCUCAAAAAUUCACUUAAGGAUAUUACCGCUGUGUUUGCCCCUUCCUGUCUGUCCCACACAAUGAUCACCAAAAGUAACUGGAUGGACUUUCAAGUGAAGGGCACAUCCUUGUCUCGCGCCCUUCAGUGCUGGGACAGGGGCCUUCAGGAGGCCAACAAAAACAGCAAAACAGCACUGAAGGGUUGCCCCUUCCACCUGAUUGACACAUGCCAGUGGCCUCAGUGCAACCCGACAUGUCCGGCAUUGAUCGACCAGUCCACCCAGCAGGAGAUGACCUUGCUCCAGGCUCUGGCUAGCAUGGGACUUGAUCUUCAGAAACUUGGCCUGGACUCACGCAGCACCUCUGGCAUGAUUAGCAAUGGUGGCUAA